AUGCGCCAUGGAAGGCCUUUCCUGGUCAAAGAGCAGCGCAGUGCUUCUCAACUGGGGGACAUACUGCUUGUGGCCUCCAUCACUAAGACUCUCUCAAGCUCAGGCACUCGCAACCUCCCCGACCCUCACACCCUUUCACUCUCCGAGCCUCUUCUGCUUCAAAUCCUCCGCGCCCAAUCCCUCCAGCCUUCCAAAAAACUCGACUUUUUCAAAUGGUGCUCUCUCACGCAUAACAUCAAACACUCGGCGCGCACCUACUCCCACAUCCUCUGCACCGCUUCCCGCGCCGGCUUCCUCCACGAGGUCCCUCAUUUGCUUCACUCCAUGAAAGAAGAUGGGGUUGUGGUUGAUUCCCAGACCUUCAAAGCCUUGCUCGACGCGUUUAUUCGUUCAGGUAAGUUUGACUAUGCGCUUGAAAUCUUGGACAUUAUGGAAGAGGUGGGUGCUAGCUUGAACACAGAUAUGUAUAACUCGGUUCUUGUUGCUCUGGUUAGGAAAAACCAGGUGGGUUUAGCGAUGUCCAUUUUGCUUAAGCUUCUGGAAGGAGGCUGCUCCUCCCAGGUACCCAAUUCCAUUGCCUCCAAUGAAUUGCUGGUUGCUCUUAGAAAAGCUGACAUGAGGGUUGAGUUUAAGCAAGUGUUUGAUAAGCUUAGAGAGAAUAAGGGGUUUGAGAUGGAUAAUUGGGGCUACAAUAUUUGUAUUCAUGCAUUUGGGUGUUGGGGUGAUCUGGGUACUAGUCUAAGCCUCUUCAAGGAGAUGAAAGACUCUAACUUGGAAUCAGUGGGUCCAGAUUUGCCUACUUAUAAUAGCCUCAUUCAUGUGCUCUGCUUGGUUGGGAAGGUGAAUGAUGCACUUACUGUAUGGGAGGAAUUGAAGGGCUCUGGCCAUGAGCCUGACGCCAUCACCUAUCGAAUUCUUAUUCAAGGAUGUUGUAAAUCUUAUCGAAUAGAUGAAGCCACCAACAUUUUUAGUCAAAUGCAGCUCAAUGGAUAUAUCCCGGAUACCAUUGUUUAUAAUUCUCUCCUAGAUGGGUUAUUCAAGGCCAGGAAGGUUAAUGAUGGCUGCCACCUCUUUGAGAAAAUGGUUCAGAACGGGGUGAGAGCCUCAACGUGGACGUAUAAUAUUCUCGUUGAUGGUUUAUUUAAGAAUGGAAGAGCUGAGGCUGCUUACACCCUAUUUUGUGACUUAAAGAAGAAGGGUCAGUUUGUGGAUGGUGUUACAUACAGCAUUGUUGUGUUGCAACAUUGUAAGGAAGGUCUGCUUGAGAAAGCGUUAGGGUUGGUGGAAGAAAUGGAAAGGAGAGGCUUUGCUGUUGAUUUAGUUACCAUAUCAUCACUCUUGAUUGGGCUGUAUAAAGAAGGUAGGUGGGAUUGGACAGACAAACUCAUGAAGCAUAUUAGAGAUGGUAAUCUAGUGCCGAGUGUUCUUAAAUGGAAGGCCGAUAUGGACGCUUCAAUGAAAACUCCGCAGAGCAGCAGAAAGGAUUACACACAAUUGUUCCCAAGUAAAGGUGACUUUAGCGAGAUUAUGAGUUUAAUAAACUCUGCUAACUCAACAAUGGAUGCAGACCUUGAUUCAGAGGAUGCCAGAGUUAAAGAUGAUGAUAAGAAUGUGUCCACCGAUACUGAUCAGUGGUCAUCAUCUCCAUAUAUGGAUCAAUUGGCUAAUCAGCUUAAGCCCAUUGACCACUCCUCUCAGCUGUUUUCAUUGUCUAGGGGCCAAAGAGGAAAGCUGAGCUUAGCUUGCAAAUUGUUUGAGAUUUUCAGUGAUCUGGGUGAAAACCCAGUGAGUUACACUUAUAAUUCCAUGAUGAGUUCGUUCGUCAAGAAGGGCUACUUCAAUGAGGCAUGGGGUGUACUCAAUGAAAUGGGAGAAAAGGUUUGCCCCACAGACAUAGCAACAUACAAUGUGAUAAUUCAAGGCCUGGGGAAGAUGGGAAGAGCUGAUUUAGCCAGUUGUGUUCUGGAUAAACUAAUGAAGCAGGGUGGGUAUCUUGACGUGGUUAUGUAUAACACCUUGAUUAAUGCGCUGGGGAAGGCUAGCCGGAUUGAUGAAGUAAACAAGCUCUUUGAGCAGAUGAAGAGUAGUGGAAUAAAUCCUGAUGUUGUCACUUUUAAUACACUUAUUGAAGUUCAUAGUAAAGCAGGUCGACUCAAAGAUGCAUAUAAAUUUUUGAAAAUGAUGCUGGAUGCAGGCUGCUCCCCCAACCAUGUUACAGACACUACUUUAGAUUUUCUGGGAAAGGAAAUUGAGAAAUUGAGAUAUCAGAAGGCAUCCAUGGUAGCUCUGCCUGAGCAAGUGGUAGAGAUUGUGGAUCCCGUUCUUGUUCUAGAAAAAGUGGAAGUGGAGACGAGCUCAAACAAUCGUGUUAAGAAGGAUAGGGCGAGGAUUCGCAUCAUAAUUGAAGAAAGCUUGAGUUCAAUUCUAGAAAUUGGUGUCGCUUGCUCUGCAGAGUUGCGUGGAGAAAGGUUGGAUAUCAGUUAUGCCAUGGCUGAGAUGUUUGAGAUCAGAAACGAAUAG